GCUCCGCGUUCCGCCAUGUACCCGGCCUGGGGCUUGUACGGGGCGGCUGGCCACUACCCGCCGCCCCCCACCUCUAUCCCGCCCCCGCCGCUACCCAUCCCGCCCCCCAGCGUGCCGCCUCCCGCCGUUCCGCCGAUGCCGCUUCCCAGCUACCCGCCGCCGGGGCCCGCGCCCCCCGCCGCCGCGCCGCCGCCCGCCGGUUCCUCGGGGUUCCUGAGCCUGCAGGAGCAGCACCUGGCCCAGCUGCAGCAGCUCCAGCAGAUGCACCAGAAGCAGCUACAGUCCGUACUCCUGGGCCCCCCACCGCCGCCGGGGCCGCCCCCGCCGGGGCUGCCGCCGCCGCCGCUGCCCGGCUCCUUCACCGACUGGCAGCAGCAGCCGCCGGUGCCGCCCGUGCCGCCGCCGGUCCGCAGCUACCAAAAGCAGUACGGCCACCGCGAGCCGCCGCCCCGCAAGCCGCCCCCCGCGGCCCGGGACCGCAGCGGGCAGGAGCCGCCGGGCGGGCACGGUGACUGGGGCGAGCCGGUGCCCGCCGAGCCGGUGCCCAUGGACAUGGAGCUGUCCUCGCCGCCGCAGUCCCCGCAGCCCGCCGCCCAACCCUACCUGCCCCCCGGCCAGCCCUACCUGCCGCCGCCCCAGGCCGAACCUUACCUGCCCCCCGCCCAGCCGCCCCCGGCCCAGUCCCCGCCGCUCCAGCCCUACCUGCCCCGGGCGCAGCCCUCCCAGCCGCCCCCCUCCUUUUCCGAGCCUCCGCCCUCCUACCUGGAGCCCCCGCCAGCCAGCGCCUCCCAGCCUUACCUGCCGCCUCCUGCCCAGGGUUACAUGGCACAUCCCCAGCCCUACCUGCUCUCCUCCCAGGCGUCUCCUUCCCAGCCCGCGCAGCCCGCCCUGGCCUCCUCCAUCCCUCCCCCGGUCAAGCCAUCUCAGGCUCAUUUCCCCCCGCCCCAGCCGUCCUUGCCCCCGCCCGCUGCUGCCCAGCCGGAGGCCGCGCAAGGUGCCGCCAAGGAGGGCGGCGGCACGGAGCAGCCGGACCCCUCUACCAUGACCCCCCAGGAACAGCAGCAGUACUGGUACCAGCAGCACCUGCUUAGCCUGCAGCAAAGGGCAAAAGCCCAUGCUCAGGGACAGCAGCAGAUGAAAAGUCCAGUAGUGAAGGAUGAGCAGAGAGCAAAGUCUGAAGAAGGGAAAAUGAGUGCUUCAACUCCCCAGUCUGAACCUCCUCCUCUUAAUGAAUCCCUGCCUCCAGCAUCCAAAGAAGACGAGUCUUCUCUUAAAUCCACUGAAACUCAGCUCAAUAUUGAACCUGCUGAUGACCCUGAGGAGGAUUUGAGAUUGCAGCAACUGCAAGCAGCAGCAGCUCAAUGGCAGCAGCACCCCCAUCACCGGGUUGGGUUUCAAUAUCAGAGAAUAAUGCAGAAGCAUGCUCAGCUGCAGCAGAUAGUACAGCAGUAUCAACAAAUCAUGCAACAGCCUCCACACUUAGAGACAAUGUCAGUGGACAUGCAACUGCGACAUUAUGAGGCACAGCAAAAGCAGUUCCAGCAGCUUCAUAAAGAUUGGGAGCGAUCAAUGAACCAACAGUGGCAGCAUCAGCUUCAAACCUACCCUCACAAAGACCAGCUUCAAGAGUAUGAGAAACAGUGGAAAGCAUGGGAUGAACAGAUGAAGGUCACUCAGUCGCAUCUGCAGGAAAAAGUGACCUCACUCCAAAAUCUGAAGAAUCAAUAUCCUGCAAAUGUUUCGCUGCCACCUCCAUUUAUUCCGUAUUCCCAAACUGGUCAAGGUGGCAUUCCUAUUAUGCCUCCAACUUUACCUUCAACUACACCUCCACAGGUCCCCCCGCCUCUCCCUUCUGUUUCUCAAUCAUCCAAUUCCUCUGUCCCUUCAGGAUCCAGUUCUCAAAGCAGUCAAGCUACUGAAACACCAAGGCCAGCCCUCCUUCCUACCCCUGGUACCUAUGCAUCAAAACCAGCUGGUUCAACAAGCUAUUCACCUUAUCAUUCUCAAGGAGGUUCAUCCUUUGGCUCAUCUGACCACGGGAAGUCUCAAGGUCAUCUUAGUAAACAAACUGUAAAUAUUUCAUCUGAACAACAGUGUGGGGAACUGAAAGGCACUUCUGCAGUGUCUUCGACACACACACCUAUUGUGCAGGAUAAACCGGUGAGGUCAGGUGGACUGCUUCCAGAUCCUCCCAGAUCGGCACGUUUUGAAGGCCCUAGAGGCCCUAGAUUUGAAGGACCUCGGGGAAGAGGAUAUGACAAAUUUGAAGGCUCAAGACCGAGAGGACCUCGUUUUGACUCGCAGCGCUCAGAAGGAUACAGGUCACGUUUUGACCGACAGAAUACAGAUGGACAGUCUUCGAGUAGGUGGGGCUAUAUCCCUCGAGGACCAGCAGGACAAUUUUAUACAACAAAUGCAUCACAUGGACAAGGUUCCCGACCUAGUGGUCCACGGUCAGUGGGGCCCAAGCCUCAUGUGGGACAGCAACAGCAGCAGCAGCAGGCACAGACAGACUCACAGUCAGAAAGCAAAGAACCUUUUACAGACACAGCUGGCGAUCAGCAGUCUGUAAGCAGAACAGAGUCUACUCCCGACACACAGAGUGCAGGUCCUGUUGAGCCAAAUGAGGACCUGACAGACACUCAGCAGGAACCAUCCAAACCUGAAGUCAAAGAACCCAGUUCAGACCCUCCUAAAAAGUGGACGUGGAGUUCACAUGAUCCUAACCAGCAAGUAGAAGAGUCCAAAGCACCCACCCCACCUACUCAGAACCAAAAUACAGUAUCUCCUGUAACAGGAAAUCAGGAUUUGGAUUCACCAGAUGGCCAGUUGACUGCUUCAGAUAGCACCCAGGGCCUACCUGGACCGGAAAGCAGAGGAAAAGGGCCAUUUAUGCAUGAAGAUAGAGGAAAGGGACCAGGAAGCAGAGGAAGGGGCCGUGGCAGAGGGCAGGGGGAUGGCCGUGGCUGGGGAAUGGGCCGUGGCAGGGGAAUGGGAAGGAUGGAUGGUGGCCGGGGAAUGGGAAGGAUGGACGGUGGUUGGGGAAUGGGCAGGAUGGAUGAUGGCCAUGGCCGGGGAAUGGGCAGGAUGGACGAUGGCCGUGGUAGAGGGUAUGUAUACAGAGGCAGAGGGCAGCCUAGGCAGCCAUCCAUCCAUGGCAGGGGAAUGUUCAGGAGAGCAGGCAGCAGGGAGAGGAUGCCAGAUGGACAAUCAGGCAGCAGGGAGAGGAUGCCAGAUGGACAGUCGGGCAACCGAGAGAGGGGACUGGGUGGACGAUCAGACAGCCAUGAGAGGGUAUUCUCUAAUCGAGACAGAGAGCCACCUGGACGGCCAGGCAGCUGGGAUAGGGGACGGGCUGGGAGCCGGGAGAGAGGCCCUGUCAGACGGGCCUGUAGCCGGGAAAGAGAGCCCAUGCGAGGGACAGGCAGCCGAGAGAGGGAGCCCAUGCGGCGGGCAGGCAGCCGCGAGAGGGUCCCCGUCAGGCGGGCAGGCAGCCGCGAGAGGGUCCCCAUGAGGCGGGCAGGCAGCCGCGAGAGGGACCUGGUCAGGCGGGCAGAUAGCCGGGAGAGGUGUCCCAUCAGGAGAGGAGAUAGCCAUGAGAGGGAAGCAGGAAGAUCUGAAACAGGCAGUAUGGGUAAACCCAUUCACCUAGGAGAUGACCCUGACAAAUUGCCUCCAUACCAUCGAGAUGAAACAUUCAGGGGUUCUUGGGGUCAUGAAGAUGAUACAAUGCAGGAGGAAUUUCCUUUAGACAGUCAAAAUGACCCAUCUUUGGAACAUGAGCAGUUGGAUGACUGGGAAAGAGAACAGUACUGGAGAGAUCACAACUCUGAUUAUCAGGAUGAUUCUGUAGAUGCAUAUGACAGAGAUGACAGGUUGCAAUCCCACCAUUCACUGCCUCCAUUGUCUCCCUUACCUCCAUUACCUCCUUUAUCAUCUGAUCAUGACAGACGAGAUUCUUGGUGGGAUGACUGGAAAGGGCCAAGAGAAAGGGAACUAGAGAGAGAUCUAGAUAGAACUGGAAGAUCCUCAAAUAUGUAUGAUCAAGAUUUAGACAGAGAAUGGGAUAGAGACUGGGACAUGAGACCUAUGGAUGACAGAGAAAUGGGAAAUCGUGACCUGGAUAUCCCCCCUCUACCACCAUUACCACCCCUUCCACCUCUGGACAGGUAUCGUGAAGAUAGGUGGAGGGAUGAUAGGAACAGAGAUCAUUAUGACAGAGAUCUCCGAGACAGGGGGGAGCUUAGGAUUCGAGAAUAUCCGGAGAGAUACGACACGUGGCGGGAGAAGCAAGACUACCUUCCUGAAAGGACUGACUGGGAGAGAGAACGGUUGUCGGAUAGGUGGUAUCCAGAUGAUGGAGAGAGACUGCGGUCUUUGGAUGACCACACAGAUGCGUCCCUUCCUCCACCUUCACAUUCCUCUGAUAUGCUGGGAGUAGAUUCAAACCUGGACUCUGACCAGUCCUUGGGAGGAGUGAUGGUCCUAAGCCAAAGACAGCAUGAGAUAAUUCUGAAGGCUGCUCAGGAGCUCAAAAUGCUUCGAGAGCAAAAAGAACAGCUACAGAAGUUGAAGGAGUUCAAACCUGACAUUUCCACCCAGGACUCUCCAAGAUCACAGAACACAAGCACAAGGCCAGGUGCCUUCCAGGAGCACUGGGAUGAGGACUCUUUCCAUGGCCUGUGGGACACAAAUGAGGAUAAAGGUGCAAAUAUGGAGUACGAGUUGUGUAAACAGGAGUCAAUGAUGCCUCCGCCUGUCUCCUCACCUGUGAAAGUACCUGCUGUCCACACCUCCAUUCCAUCAGCUGUACCAGUGUCCCUUCCUCCAGUAAUUCCACCAGUUCCUAAAGCACCCAUCAUUCAGCAAACGGUGGAUUAUGGCCACGGCCGAGAUAUAACUACCAGUAAAGUGGAACAGAUUCCAUAUGGGGAGAGGGUAACCCUUCGUCCAGAACCACUACCAGACAGGCAAACAUUUCAAAAAGAGCAUCCAGGUCGCUACAACAGAGAAAGAGAUCGUGAGCCCUAUUUUGAGCGUCAAGGUAAUUCCAGCACAGAUCAUCGGGAUUUCAAGAGAGAGCGGGAAUUGCACAGAGACCGUGGUUCUAUGGACUACGAGCGAGAGAGAUUUGAAAAAGAGCGGCAUCCCCGAGAUGAUAGGGUUCUUCCUACUACACCUUCAAGAACUCAGUCAUACCGUGACAAGAAAGACCAUCUGUCCUCCAGGCGAGGUGGUUUUGAAAGACCACCAUAUGAACGAAAGACAGAUCGUCCAGCGUAUGAUCAUGGGCCUUCCAUGUUUGGAGAAAAUUCUUCUGUCCAAACACUGGAAUUUGAAGGUGAUCGUAGAAAUUACCCUGAGGAAAGGAUUCCUAUUUCUGCCCCAUCAAUGCCUCGUCAGCCACCACCUGCUCCACGAGUAGAAAGGAAGCCAGAAUCUAAAAAUGUAGAUGAUAUUUUAAAGCCACCAGGACGAGAUAGCAGGCCAGAGAGGAUUGUGAUCAUCAUGAGAGGGUUACCUGGCAGUGGAAAGACACAUGUAGCAAAACUCAUCAGGGAUAAGGAAGUAGAAUGUGGAGGACCUGCACCAAGAGUGCUCAGCCUCGAUGACUAUUUUAUCACUGAAGUGGAGAAAGAGGAGAGAGACCCAGAUACAGGGAAAAAAGUUAAAAAGAAGGUGAUGGAAUACGAAUAUGAGGCUGAUAUGGAGGAGACCUAUCGUACCAGCAUGUUUAAAACUUUCAAAAAGACCUUGGAUGAUGGCUUCUUUCCCUUCAUUAUCCUUGAUGCUAUCAAUGAUAGAGUGCGACACUUCGAACAGUUUUGGAGUGCUGCAAAAACAAAGGGGUUUGAGGUCUACUUAGCUGAAAUGAGUGCAGAUAACCAGACAUGUUCCAAGAGGAAUAUUCAUGGGCGCAAGCUAAAGGAUAUCAGCAGGAUGUCUGAUCACUGGGAGGCAGCACCGCGCCACAUGAUGCGCCUGGACAUUCGUUCUCUGUUGCAGGAUGCUGCUAUCGAAGAGGUAGAGAUGGAGGAUUUUGAUGCAAAUAUUGAAGACCAGAAAGAAGAAGUCAAGAAGGACACAGCAGAGGAGGAAGAAAGUGAACUGGGUUACAUUCCGAAAAGCAAAUGGGAGAUGGACACUUCUGAGGCAAAGCUAGGUAUUUGCCAACAAGAGAGCUCCACAAUUUUCACUUCUUCAUGUUCCUAAACGCUCCUCAAUGAGUUUGUUGAUCUCCUUUUCAAUGUUAUUUUUUUCUGAAAAUGCUUAAUGCCACCAAUGAUCUACACUGAUUGAACGCAAUACGGAGAAACAGUGGAAUUACAUUAUGUGCUGGAAUAAAAGAGGAAUAUUGUCUUCUAGAGGGAGUGUCACCUUUCUAUGGAGUUUGAGCAUCAAAUUUGGCAGAUUUAACUUAGAGCAAAAGAAGAAUCUUAACUAACUUAUGUAAUAGAUACAAAUAUUCGGAACAUUUUUCUUAAAUGUUGGCCAUUUAAAAAAGCAGGGGGGUUAUAAUGAUUUAUUAGAAGAAGUUCUGUAUCUGGUCCAGGGAAAUGGGGCAAAAGUAGAGUCUUUAAAAGGUUUUGAGCUGUAUGAGGGAGAAACAAUUCAUUAGUUUAUGGCCUUUUAAUUAUACUAGCAUGUCUACAGUACCAUUGCUUCACAUUAUCUCCAUUGUUACUCUUCUCUCUCCCAUAUUAAGUAAAAAAGUCAUCUCUGAACUGAGAUGCUUUAAGUACAUAUCUUUGAACAUCAUCAUCUGCUAUCCGGAAAAUAAUGCUGCCUUGUAUUUGGUCUGUUUCUGAGGCCUUUUGUGAGUGAACUUAAUUACAACACUGACUUCUGAAACAAUAUUUCUGACAUCACCGGUAAUGGUUUAAUGAAUGUAAUUGCCAAGCUUAGUGUUCCUUCUACACAUACUUGAAUUGUUGGCUUAUAAAUUGGUAGUUUAAAUUGACAGAAGUAACAGAAUUUCUUUUGACUUGCUGAGCCGGUUUUCCUUUUCAUGGUUUGUUGUUCAUAAUCUUACAAUGAAUGUUUCAUCUCCUUUCCAAAAACAGUUUGCCACAUAAUUUCAGGGUGUUGUUUUCUUUACUGAGAAUCAGUGUCUAAAGAGGAAUAAAAUUUUAGAACCUAGGAAUGGAAUUCUUUCUACUCAUGUUGUAUCGGUUCAAUAAGAAAAAGAAGAAAAUGAGGACUGUUGGACAAAUGUACUGCUCAAAUAUUCAUGACUGCCCUCUUACACCAUGAAAGAAAAGAUUCUGAGAUAUUUUUCUCCCAGUCCUGGAAGACUUUUUAAGUGGUUUGUGUUAUGGGGAGAGAAAAAAAAAGGGGAAGAUCAGGCUUUCCAAGGAGCAUUUUGUUUAGCAGAAACAGUACCUCAAAAACUUGUCUUUGAUGCAUUAAAUUAUAUAAUUGCCACUUGUUCCCUGAUACUGCAUGUAUGCCAUGUUUGACACAGUAUUGAUCCCCAAAUUUGGGGAAAAUGCUGCAGCUUUAGUAUUGUGUUCAAAUACAGAAAGAUGGCUCUGUGGUUCCUAGCUUAUGUUGGCGAUAUUGUACCUGUAAGGACAGACUCCUUAUAGAUCCAGAAGAGCAAACGUUUUCUCCUUCACAUAGAAAACAACACUGAGUGUUAUUGCCACACAGUUAAUGUGAAAGAUCAAUAAAACUUGAAAACUGUGUUGAGUCUUCUCUAGUUUAUUUCAACUCUCAUCACUAUACCUGUCAAGACAAGCUGGAUGUCUUGCUUGCUCGUUCUUUUGAAAAGACAAAUUCUGCCACUUGUUCUUUUGAAAAGUUUUCCACUCUCGUCUUGUUUGUGUAAAUACAGAAAAAAUAAUCUCCCUUAACGCUGAGGCUCUGUGUUUGU